UACCUUAGACAUAUAUCAGUUGCAUAUAUGUAUAUAUAUUUUAUACUAUAUAAAAGAAACGCUCUCGAUCAGCAGCUCAGAGCUUCAUCCCAAUGCGAGACACUCUCCCCUUUGUAAGAGAAAGUUUAGGUACUCAUGAAUGUUAAGAGCAUCUCCAGCAGACCGCCAAUCUCAUCUCCAAUACCAAAAAAAAUGAUUUUAGGUAAUGCAUGUACUCCAAUAAACUACCAAACUCUUCCCCAAUACCUAAAUUUUUUUGGCAAUCCCUCAAAACUCACAUCCUCUCCCCUACAUGUAGGGGGAUACGACCUCUCCCCUAUCCACCGGUAUUUUUGGCGCGAAGCUUCCUCCCGUCUCGCGCCACAACGCCUCGUUCUCUCCGUGCGCCGCCGCCCCCACCUCGACGUUGUUGCCCGGCGGCCCCGGCCUCGCUCCACUCUGCGGCCGCACCACCAUGUAGCUGCAAGACCCACCCUAUCUCCGUGCGCCCCUCCCCGAUCCUUCUUCUUUGGCUCCCCCGCGCCGCCGCCAAGGAUAGCAGCCCGUUGCCGCCGCGGGAGCCGAUGCUCCUCCAAGGCCCCGCGCUCUUCGAGAGGCUCAUCCCGCAACUCAUGGAGGUGCCACAGCUCCGCCUGCGCGCAACGGAGCAGCCAUCCCGAAACCUCGCUCUGCCAUCCAUGGAGGAGCUUCGGAGUCCACAUCGGUGUUGCGCAGGGCACACCCGAGCAAGAAGGCGAGUGGGGCAGACGCUGCGCAGUUCCCUCCCGUCCCUGUUCUAGUUCCCAUGCCGCAGAGUGCACCAGCUAGUGGCCCAAAUGCAACGGGUGAUGUUGGCAUGGACGACGCCCACCACCUGCUCGACCAAAUUCCUCCAAGUGAUCCAAUGGCUAGUGGUGGUUCCUUUGUGGGUAUGCUGAGUGAUGAUGUUGGUAUAGAUGAGCGCCAAAGUCCAAGUGGUGUGCUGUACCAAGGGCAUUCCGAUGAGUCUGAUGAUGACUUCGAGAUGGCAGCAGUUUUGAUUGCUGAGAUGGAGAGGAAUAAGCAGCCCAAGCAUGGUGGUUCCAUGCAAGGGCGUGAGGUGGUUCAUCGGAACAAGCAGCAAGGCCAUGAUAAGCUAUUUGAGGAUUACUUUGCAAAUAACCCUGUGUUUGGUCCGGUCACUUUCAGGCGACGGUUCAGGAUGUCUAAGGCGUUAUUCUUGCGAAUUGCAGCCGCUGUGGAGGCUCAUUGUCCAUAUUUCUAGCAGAAAAGGAAUGCUGCUGGGGACCUUGGACAUAGUUCUCUUAAGAAGAUUACUGCAGCACUGCGCAUGCUCGCUUAUGGUGUUCCUGCUGAUUCUCUUGAUGAUUGGCUUCAUAUUGCAGAAAGCACUAUUAUUCUGAGUUUGAAGAAGUUUGUGAAAGCAGUGAUUGAAAUCUAUGGACAGCGAUACUUGCGAGCACCAGAUGCAGAGGACACUGCAAGACUUAUGCAAAUGGGUGAAGCAAGGGGGUUCCGUGGUAUGCUUGGAUCCAUCGAUUGCAUGCACUGGAAGUGGAAAAAUUGUCCCGCAGCAUGGCAUGGGCAGUUCACUGGACAUUGUCAUGAUCCAACGAUUAUUCUUGAAGCUGUUGCAUCAUAUGAUCUAUGGUUUUGGCAUGCAUACUUUGGGUUGCCUGGCUCUCACAAUGACAUUAACGUCCUGCAAAGGUCCCAUUUGUUUGCACGGCUAGCUACUGGCGAUGCUCCACCAGUAAACUUUGAAGUCAAUGGCCAUCACUACACAAUGGGUUACUAUCUUGCAGAUGGCAUAUAUCCUUCAUGGUCCACAUUUGUCAAGACAAUAAGAAACCCCCAGGGUAACAAGAGAGCGCACUUUGCCCAAGCUCAAGAAGCAGCUAGGAAGGACAUUGAAAGAGCAUUUGGGGUGUUGCAAUCAAGGUUUGCAAUUGUCCGUGGACCUGCAAGAUUUUGGGACCAAAAGACCCUGGGGCGUAUCUUGACAGCAUGUGUGAUCAUGCAUAACAUGAUAAUAGAGGAUGAGAGAGGCCAACCGGAAGACUUCAACUAUGAGCAUGUGGGAACACGUGUGGUCCCUGAGAAGGAUGAGAACCGGAUCAAGAGAUUUCUCGAAGUGCAUCGCAAGAUUGAAGAUAGAGAGGCGCAUGAUCAACUCCGUGAUGACCUUGUUGAACAUUUGUGGCAAGUUCAUGGACAAUAGUUUUCUUCUCGUUGGAUUAGGAUUAUCUAGUUUAUUGUUUGCUUAUUUUCUACAAAGGGCAUUCACCAAGGUUAAGAAUUGUAGCAGUUCUCCAAAUAACCUUGAUGAACAUUGUGGUUUGCUACUGCCUGCUACUAGGUUGUACUGCUUUUUUUUUGGGAAAAAACACUUGCCGACCUGCUGUUUGGAACUUUGAA